AUGAUUUUUGCCAGAGUUCUGGGAGUAAAAAGAGCUUUAGACUGUCGGUACUUCACAUGCAGCGCAACAAGAGUCGCAGAUUACACGCAUGCGAUAGUUGGUGGUGGAGUGGUGGGGUUGGCUAUUGCACGGCAGCUAGCUACUCGCGUUGGAACGAGUACAGUUAUCCUAGAGAAAAAUCCAGCGAUAGGUCUGGAAACUUCUAGUCGAAACUCCGAAGUUAUUCAUGCCGGCCUCUACUACGGCCCAGAAUCUCUCAAGACUCGUCUCUGUAUUCGCGGCAAGCAGUUACUCUACGCAUUAUGUUCUACCUAUUCAAUACCGUAUGCUAGAAUAGGCAAGUGGAUUGUUGCUCACACUGAGCAGCAGCAAGAAGAAUUGGUAAAACUUUAUAAGUUCAGUCAAACCCUUCCUGAUGUGCCAACGCAGUUUAUCUCUCAAGAGCGUGCGUUGCGCGAAGAGCCAUUUGUACAUGCACCAAAUGGAAUUUUAGAGUCUCCUUCAACAGGAAUAGUUAACUCACAUGCAUUGAUGCAGUUCUUGCAGGGUAAUUUCGAAGAGAAUGGCGGUGACCUCGCAAUCUGCAGCUUGGUUACGGAUAUUGAGGCCCUCGGCGAGCGAGGCAGCAGCGGAUGGGAUAUCACCAUUCUGGAUCAGCGCAGUGGCAAACGGAGUAAAUUUUCCAGCGAAAUUAUUAUCAACUCUGCAGGUCUGGGGGCAUGUGAAGUUCACAAUCUUAUUCUACCGCAAGCACAACAUCGCCAGCAGUUCUACGCCAAAGGGAAUUACUUCAGCUGUACUCGCUCCCGCCCGCUAGCUUCCCGUCUCAUUUAUCCAGCGCCGGAACCUGGACUCGGUGGUUUAGGCACGCACUUGACGCUUGAUCUAUCGGGUGGCAUGCGCUUUGGGCCGGAUGUCGAGUGGGUCGAGAGCGUGGCGGACUUGAGCGUUAGUUUAGAAAACCUACCACACGCACUCAAGGCGAUCCACAAGUUUUUGCCGGCCCUCGACUGUGAUACCAUUGUCCCGGCCUAUGCGGGGAUCCGUCCGAAGUUGGCCCAGGGCGCAGCAGCUGGGGCAGGGCCGGGCUUCGUCGAUUUCUAUAUUCAGCUCGAGUCUAAUUGGGUUGGAUUUGUCAAUCUACUCGGUAUCGAGAGUCCGGGGCUGACGAGUAGUUUGGCUAUUGCUGAAUUGGUGGAAAGUUUCCUCUAUGGAUCUCAGGCCAAUCUUGGACAAGGAACCGUAGGGCAUCUCUAG